AUGAUGACAUCAUCUGGGCUACGCGGCGAAGCACCCGGCGCCUUUACCAGCAGACGUGGACACUCGAGCCAACUCUCGAUUUCCGAUCCGAGCCACCACGUCACCGAGGCUAUUGGAACGCUCUAUGGUGACGAAGAUGAGCCCAGCUCGGAUGCUGGUCGACCAUUAAGUUUCGUUACAGAUGCCCGCCAUGAACAAAUACAGCGGCCGGUACGGCAUCAGCACUCACAACAAGCCAGCUCCGCACGAGGGCGCCUCACGCGAUCGAUAUCAGACCAAGCAGCUGCGCAAGCCGUUCCUCAUACUGAAACCUCUGGGCUACGAAAAUCGAUGACCUUAAAUUACCAUGGCCAACCCUAUCGUAACCAUGGUCCGCCGUCACCGUCUCGGAGCCCGGCAGACUCGUUGUCAUUACGCGACGUUCACUCUGACUCUUCCAACCCACGAUUCCCUCUUACCAAUAUCGACAACCCGAGCGACAUCGCACAGGAGCUUAGUAACCUUCAAGCUCUACGCCGAUUAUCCAUGGAUGUUGGCAAUGGUAUCGAUCCUGAUAUGCCGCCCAUGACCUUUUCAGCUAUACCUGCUAUCGCCCCUACUGGAGACGACGAUGAAAACGAUCCGUCAAGACUUCUAUGGGUGCCCGCCCGAGUACAUCCGGAAUUAGCACCGACUGAAUUUAAAUCUUUCCUGGAAAACAGAGUACAAUCUAUACGGCGGAGAUCUGGCGACUCGCAUUUGUCCGGCGAUGGGGAAUUGGGACGCAGUAAUUCUGAUCUGCAACGAAGGAAAUCAAUGCUAUCUCAUCAAAUAGACAAUGCAGAUGGUUCCGGAGCUGUUGGAUAUGUUGAUGGGGCGGAAAGACUGGAGCGACAACGCUCCCGCAGAAGCCAUCCACCUCCGGAAUUGAGUCUCGACGAACUGGUGAAAGACCCAACGAGGGCCGUACAGAAGCUAGCGCAAGAAUCGCAGCUUCAGCAUAGCGAAACAGCAAACCCAGAUGAUAUGCCGAUACUUCCAAUGGCGCCUGGAAUGGGUCUUCGCCGCUCCACCCGAACGACCUAUCGGAAGGGCGGUAGUUUGCGCUAUGGAGAUAGAUCUGGAUCAGGGAAAAGGGUCGUUUCCAAGCAGCAAGACGAAUCUGCUGAAGAUGAAAGCUCAGCUGCAACAACGGAAACAUCACCCAGGGGCCACAGCCUGGCUAGAGUACAGUCUGAACCGAUCACCGAAAAUUAUUCCCGCCCCAAUCGAUCAGUACGACGACAACACAAAUUCUCACAAGAAUCACCAGAUGCGCUAGCAGCUCUUGAGGGUAACGCACCUGGAAUGGCGCUUUCCGACGAUUCUCGCCCUCCUAUUCAGGAAACUCUCACGGUUCGCUCUUUGUCUGGGUCAGCCGGCUCUAAUAAUGAUACAGAGCUUCGAACAGAUAUCUACACGACUCAGGCUGAUCCCAAAUUUGCAGGCUUUCCGGAGAGAUCCUCAUCCCAAAAUACUGAGGUCGCCGCAAAUGACGUAGUGUUUGACGACCAAAGGAUCGAGUCUGGUAUGAUGAUUUCGUCUCCUACAAUGGGUCAUUCUGGCCCACAAUCGCCCUACAUGCAUAAACAUCAACCACUAUCACAGCCACAAUCACUGAGUGAAGGACUGGCUUCUAGUCCGGCCCACCUAGGUAGCGGAGUCACGCGAACAGAUGCCCUUACAUUUAUACCUACACUCACAACCGAGGAACGAAAAUGGGACAAAAAGUCCAAGAAGGACCGUGAUGACGACUCGUCAAGUGUGUCUAGCAAGUCGAGUGGUUGGAAAUGGUUCAAAAGUGGAAGUGAUGACAAGGACAAAAAGAAAGAUGACAGCAAGCGUUCAAAAGCCAGAGCCUUGGUUGAAAAGGCCCAGGACAAUGUCCGACUCGACGUACUUCAGACCUCGAUUGACAAGUCAGGGCGCAGAAGUAGAGAGAGUCUCGUUCUUGAUCGUGAUUCUUUCGAUGGCAAGCUUCAAGAAGAAAGAAGAAAAGAGAGCAAUCGAAAGAGCGACUCUAAGAAAGACAAAGACAGUAGUAUAUUCUCUUCUAUUUUUGGCGGUAGCAAGAAAAGGGAAGAGAAGGAGAAAGCAGGCAAGAAAUCGCAGUUCUUGCACGUCCUCGACGAACCACAGCCUUACAAACCCCUCCAACCGGAUGUUGAUUACAACUGGACGAGAUUCCCUCUACUGGAAGAAAGAGCUAUCUAUCGAAUGGCUCAUAUCAAGCUGGCAAAUCCCCGAAGGCCGUUAUUAAGCCAAGUUCUCUUAAGCAACUUCAUGUACAGCUAUCUAGCAAUUGUGCAAGCUAUGCAUCCGCAAAUGAACAUACCCAUUUCGCCGCAGCAGAAGAGACAAGAAGAGGAGGCUAGACGCAAGCAACAGGAGCAGGACUAUCUAGCUCAGCAAGGAAUUGACCCCAACGACGAUCAACAGGACACGGAUCAAUACAGCUUUGAAUAUCACCGAGCUGCUAUGCAAUAUGCGGACACAAAUACGAGUGAGCAAGUUGAUUACAUCGAUGAUGCUCAAAUAUAUGAAGAUGAUCAUGGGGAAGAUCGUGAUCACAACACAUAUGAUUAUGAUUCGACCAACGACUACAAUAAAGAAGGCAAGGAAUACUAUCACUAUCGCGAUGACGGCCCGGACCACCAUCAAGAAGGCCGUAGCGGCAAUAUGUGGUAG